UAACACAAACGUUUUCUAAUGCAAUUGCACUCAAAAGUGUAAAAACACUUGUUUUGGCAACACGUCAGACACCGAGAAGCCAUCGGCUCCUAUGGGAUCUUUUCUUAAGUUAUUGCUGUAACCCUGAGCGCCGAACAGCAAAUAUUGCAACUUGCUCCAUCAGCAUUUCUGAAUGAAAGUCCGAGGAAACCGAGAGGAAGAAAGCGACCCGUCAGAGGCUUCCCCGAGCGGGGAGGUCUGGAGAGCGUAGAAACGUGGAUUCCCAGGUGCCUCAAGAGCGGGACGGUUCGGUUUCAUCCCUCCAAGAACAAGACGGCAGCAGAACAGCCGGGCCAGCCUGACUCAAACCAGCAGAUAGUGAUUGAGAGUGAUGGUUAAAUGGAUUAGAGAGAGAGGGAGGGAGAGGGAGAGAGAGGGGAGGGAGAUUUGCCAUGAAGCUUUCUGCCCUUGAACACACAGGGCAAAUCUGAUCCAGUAAAGUAGACAGCACGCGCACUACAAGUCCAUAUCCUCACUUUUGGAUACUUCACACAUACACGCGCACCCUGCUCCCAGCAUCUCCCGGAGAAGUAGGGCACCGUCCUCCCCUGACAAACCGACGGCGUGUGCAUGAAGAAACUCUCCGGCAGGGAGAGAUAAAGAUAAAAAAAACAACAACAAACAAACACGGAAGAAGCGCAUCUUCGCUGCGGGAGGCGAUGCCGUUUCCGCACGGACCCGAGUCGAGCGCGCGGACCACGGACAGCAGCUGCUAAAGAGCGAAGGAUGCAAGCGGCCGGACGUUUCUGAGCUUGGAAAAGGGGAAACCCACUUCAGGUGGCCUUCGGGACAUAAAUAUGCUCUGCGGCGGCGCGUUCCAGGAGCUGCUAUGGAUGUAGGUCCAAGUGCGAGCAUCAGCACCUUUGACCCGACGUAUCAGGACAGUGUCCAAACACGCAGGAGACAAAGAGAAGCCAAUAUCUGACUUUUCUUUUCCGGAGUAAUGAUCGCGGCGAUGCCAUGGGACGUUUUAACCUGACCACCGGCGCCGCCGUUCCAUGUUAACGCGCCCCGCCUCUGAACCCACGGCGGUCCCUGUCCCGUUUCUCCCAACCCUCGGAAACCCCCUCUUCUCCGCACGCCUGCCAUGCGUGCGCGCGCGGGACUCCUCUACCUGCUGGUGCAUGUGCUGGCGAGAGCAAGAGGCCAGUACGACCUGUGCAAGUCUCUGGUGAGCACGGACGAAGGCGCCGUGUGGGAGCAUUACGCGUGCCAACCCAAAGCCCAGGCCGUGAAAGAGUACAUGCGCAUCCGGGUCGAGCCGCCGGGCGUCACCUGCGGGAACCCGCCGGAGAGAUUCUGCACUCUGGAGAAUCCAUACCUGUGCAGUGAUGAAUGUGACGCGUCUAACCCUGACCUGGCUCACCCGCCGCAGCUGAUGCAGGACCGCGAGCGCAGCGGCCUCAUCACCUACUGGCAGACGGUCACGUGGCGGCGCUACCCCGAGCCUCUUCAGGCCAACAUCACCCUGUCCUGGAACAAAACCCUGGAGCUCACCGACGACAUUCAGAUCACCUUCGAAUACGGCCGGCCCACCGUCAUGGUGCUGGAGAAGUCGCUGAACUUCGGCCGCACGUGGCAGCCCUACCAGUACUACGCCGACGACUGCGUGGACGCGUUCAACAUGGCGCCGAGGCGGGCGCGCGACCUCACCGCGGCCAACGUGACGCGCGUCAUCUGCACGGAGCAGUACUCGCGCUGGGUCGGCUCCAAGAACGAGAAGGUGGUGCGCUUCGAGGUGCGCUCGCGCUUCGCCAUCUUCGCCGGCCCGAGGCUGCUCAACAUGGAAGGCCUGUACACGCGGAUGGAGAGCAUGAAGGGUCUACGGGAUUUCUUCACGUUCACCAAUCUCAGGCUCCGCCUCCUCAGGCCCGCUCUCGGAGGAACGUACGUCCAGAGAGACAACCUGCUGAAAUACUUCUACGCCAUUUCUAACGUGGAGGUGCUGGCCAGGUGUAAGUGCAAUCUCCACUCGUCUCAGUGUCUGUACGUGGACGGAAACUUACAGUGUCAGUGUGAACACAACACCACCGGACAGGACUGCCAGCGCUGCAAAAAAGGAUUCAAAGCCAAGACCUGGAAAUCAGCAUCGUAUUUACCAACACCCAACGGAUCCCCCAACACAUGUUCUCAGGCGUUGGCCGGUUCUUCUUCUGGUUCCAAUUGUGAAUGUAACGGACACUCGAACCGCUGCAGUUACAUCGACUUCCUGAACAUAGUAACGUGUGUGAGCUGCAAACACAACACGCGUGGUCAGAACUGCGAACACUGUCGCAUGGGCUUCUACAAAAACACCUCCGCAGAGCCUGAUGAUGAGAAUGUGUGUAUCGAGUGUAACUGUAAUACGAUGGGCUCGUUGCACGACCGCUGUAAUGGCACCGGUUUCUGUCAGUGUAAAGAGGGCACUAGAGUCAAAUGUGACGACUGUCUCCCCGGUUACUAUUGGAAACAGGGCUGUUUUCCGAACGUGUGUGACGAUGAGUUACUCUUGUGCCAGAACGGGGGGACGUGCGUUCAGAAUCAGCGCUGUAGCUGUCCGCCCGACUUUAAGGGUGUUCUGUGCCAACAGUCGCGCUGCGACGGAGGCAAAAAGUGCAACGGUGCCAGCGCGCUCACGCUGAGCCUGGCGCUUGUGCUCUGCCCGCUCCUCGCCACCCUUCUGGGCUCCGCCGCCUCCUGAGAGACCCCCGCUUCUCCACCAGCGGGGCCCCGGAGAGGGCCAGGUGCUCAGCAUCGCCCUCUACAGGGUGCAGAUCGCCCUGCAGGACAACAAGAACGAGAAACAAAGACUCUGGGAGAGCUGGAACUCAACGGAACUCAAGAUGCGCGCCUCACGUGUACGCUGAGGACGAAUAAUACCAAAAACACACACACACCACACACACUCAGUAUCAACAGGAAGUGAGCUUCUUGUGCAAUAGCUGCAAAAUGUAAUACGAACCGCACUUCCUUCACUCUGAUUGGUCAACGUAGGGGGCGUGUCCUCACAGCGAUCGGAGUCUGUACGAUGUUGUCAGGAAAGGUCCGGCUUCACGUUUUCUUUUGUUUUUUAACACUCCUUUGCUGCAGUUUUUACCGUUCAGAUGUAUGUAACGAGCGCUCACUGUUAUUCGCUAAAAAGCAAAGACUACGAUAUUAUUGUGAUAUUUGUCAUAUCAUGACUUAUUAAGAUUUUAGGCACUGUACUGCUGGAUGUUAUAGGAAUGUCUGUCGCCACAGUUAGAGAUCGUUGAUAUUUACGAAGUAUUCAGGACACGAACACGCUAUUCAACUCGCAAAAGAAGAUAUCUAAUCGAAUGGAAUUAUUAUAAACCCACAUUAUUUGACUAUUUUUGGUAGAGAAUAUUUUUGUUUUGGAUCUAUAUAAGAGGCGAAAGGUUUGAUUACACUGUAAACUUUACGGCACACUAUAGUACGAGAGUCUAUAAAGUAGAGUUUACACCAUGUCAGGUAUUACAGAGGAUCAGUUUAAGCACUAAAUGUACCAAGCAGAAUUUAUUUGUUAGAUGGAGAACUCUACUGAAAUGUACGGGAUGGGGUUUAUUACACUUUACGGUGAACAGAUUUACAAAACUUAAAGAACUGAAUGAAAUUUUAUGACACUGUAAACAUUACAGUAAAUGUGACUGUUACUUGUC